AUGGCAGACACAGCAGUGCAGACCUGUGCAGAGCUGGCCGAGAAACUGGCGCCGGGGCGGCUGCCAGACAUUCGCGACCGCGCUCUCAAGGCCUUGAGCUCGAAGCUGGAGGUGGGCUUGCUCCCUGCCAAGGCGGCUUUGGACACACCUGGAGUGCCGCAGCUGCUGCUGCACUGGCUCAACGACCGGCAGGAUGCAGCUCCUGUGCCCUUGCUGUCGGCCGCGCUGCGGCUCAUCGCGCAGCUGGCGCGACACAAUGCGGUCAGGCUGCAAGAGGCUGGCUGCGUGGCCUUCCUGCAGGACUUCCGUCCGCAGGUGCCGACGGAGUGCCUGCAGUCCCUGGACAAUGCGCUUUGGGCUUUGCUGAGCCACGGGGAGGAAGCUCACAUCGUGGAGACGCCGCGUCGACAGGAGCUCUGGGAGCGGCAGGUGCCAGAUGGCGAGACCAUGUUUACCCCGCCAAAAAUGCUGGCGCCGCGUUCCUGGGAGCCUGUGCUGAAGAUCCCUCUGACCGAAUGCUCGGAUUUGUGCAAAGCAGAUCAGCAGCUCCUUUUGGACCUGUCGGUCCGCCUGAAGUUUGCAGAGGCGCCGCAGCGCCGCAGCGCCUGCCGAGAGCUGGCGGAGCUGGCGGUGGACAUGCCCCCCACGCUGCUACUGGCCUUCCCCCCGCUGGUGGAGGGCCUGGCGCUGUCUCUGCGCGAAGAGACGGCCGCGGAAGCGCUGUGCGUCCUGCUGGAGCGGCUGGAAGAGAUCUCACAGCCAUUGGACCUCUUUGGCACGAAGCCCAGGAAUUGGCUGGAGGAGCUUCCUGCUUUGGGGCAUCUGAUGGCACAGCUGCUUUCAGCAGGUCCAAGCCUAGCCUCGCAGCAUGCCCUGAGGACGCUGUCGGGCUUCUUGCCAGGUGUCGAGUCAAAGCAGCAAGAGUUGCUGGCCCGGCUGGGCGUCACCGCCGAGGCUGCAAAGCUGCGAGCAGUGGCGACUGAGCUCCCGGGCGGGCCCCUUGCCAGCCCUGGCUACCUGCCGAUGCUCCUAGCGCUCCUGACGCCGGCGAUGUGGCAGCCUCCAGGCGCAGCUCAAUCUUUAGUUGCCCGCUUCCCGGAUGAGGACCAGCUGGACCUCUUGGAGCAGGUGCUUGACCUUCUCCGAGCAUCGAGCACAGGUUGCCAGAGGCGAGUGGACUCCGGAAGGUUUCAGGAGUUUUUGCCGCAAUUUCAGGAACUUCUUCGCCUCAAGCUUUGGCCGGCCCUCCGCGUAGCACUGCAAGAGGGCCCCCCGAAUGCCGCCCACGGGCGCCUGGCUACAGAUGGCGCGCUGCGCCGCGCUGCCGAGCUUUUACUGCGGAUCUCUUUGGCGCUGCAGCUGGGCAUGCCGGAGGACGGGCCGUUGCUCAGCACUCUGAUGCUGGCUCCAGCGCCUUUGCCUCGCCUGGCCCUGACGCUGGCGCUGGGCGGCGACUGUCGAGGCACUGACGGCUUCGAAGAGGCCUUGCUCGAGCACUUGGCCCGAGGCGGCGUUUCCUGGCGCCGCAGCGGCGAGCUGCGGGCGGCGGUGUGGCUGGCAGCAGACCUCGACCCAGCAGCGGUGGCCUAUGUCACACCAUACCUCCAGCACGUGGACGCAGUGGUCCAGGCUUCUGCCUGGCGGUGUUUGCGUCGUUUGCUCUUCAGAAAGGAGAAGGAGGAGGAUUUGCGCCAGCGCAAUGCCUGCGUGCAGCGCGCUCUCCGUGCUUUGCGGGCUUUGGAUGAGGGCUCUGAGGCAUUUCUAGUGGCAGAGGUGCUUGAAGUCUUGCGCUGCAGCGUGGAGGCCACAGGAAACGAGGCCUGCCGGCAGACCUUCGAGUCUGGGAUCAUGAGGAGCGAUGGAUUGGUGGCCAAGUGCCUGGCAGUCGAAGAUCUGGGACUGCGCCGAGCUGCUUUGCGCCUGCUUGGUGCUCUCCUGGCGGCCGACUACCAGCAAGCUGCGCCCAACAUCUUCAAGGCUGGCCUGUGGACCUUGGCAGUGGCUGCGGUUCCGCGCUCGAAGGCGUGCCUGGACGUGUGCAGCUUGACAACAGACCUGGUUGUUUUGCUGAAGCAAGGCACUGGCGAAGAUGGGCAGCUCUUGUUUUGGAUUUGCAGCACUACACCUUUCCUGGAGCGCUGGGCGGAAGCCCUGCAAGUGCUGGAAGCAAGUUCCGGGGAACGGGUUGGCCGGCUGCUACUGGCGCAGAUGGCCUGCCUGCGGCAUUUCAUUGAGCUGCAGCCCCAAGAGGACAUUCCUUUGUCACCUUUGGACCAUUUCCUUUGCAGCCCGCCAGUUGGAGCGGCUCUUGGCAGAGCGUUGGAUGCUGAGAUGCCUCCAGAGACACAGCAAGUGGCCACUGCAGCUGUAGCAGUUUGGGCCGCGCGGCGCAUGAGCGGCGCGCGGAAGGACAUCUAUGCCAGCGAUGCGACAUUGGGGAGAAGGGUCAUGGCGCGGCUUUUGAGAUUGGCAAGUGACGGCGCAGUGGCUGAAUGCGUCAGCGCAGCAAACCUUUUUGCGGCCUCAGCUGCCGCCGCCGAAGCAGGGCUCAGGAAGUUGGAGGAGCUGUGCAGCCUCAUGACACGAUUAAAGAAGCAGCAGCAGCUGGUGUGGGUCAUGCGGGUUUUCUUCUCCAUGAUGUGCUCCUCUCUUGUCGCUCUGGAAGGAGCCCUGAGCGCUGGACUGCUGUCAUCAGCGCUGCUUACCCUGCGAGCGGCUGCUGACAGGGACGAAGCAGUUUGCCUGGAGUUCUUGGAGCAGUUGCCGUACCUAGCAUCUGCAGAGGAGGUGCAGGCAGAACUGCUCCAGUCUGAGCUUCUCAGUUGGCUCAUGCGCCUCAGCCUCAAGCGUGAGCUAUCCAGCGCCGCCUUCUGCCGCGUGAUGGACACUUUAUGCCUUUGCAGUGGAGUUCUGGCAGGGAAGCAGGUUCUCGUUCGGUACUUGGGUCAGAUCAUGGAAGUUUUGCUGCGGCUCGCAAAGGGGCCAGCUAGCGAUCAUUGGCGAACCCGGAAGCUGACUGCAGCCAUGAACUUCAUUGCCUCUCUGCGAUUGUGUUCCAGGAGCGCAGCGCUGCUGACCGGCACACCUUCCGGUGAUGCUGGCACCAGGCGACCUUUCUCCGCACCGCUUUGCUCAGGCUUGGACCUUUGGUUCGACCUCUCAGAGGAACGAGGUGUUCGCUGCGCCGCGCUGCAGCUGUUGCUGAACGUGGCCACCAACGAUACAGCUCAAGCCAAGGCCGGCGUGGAGGCAUGGCCCAGGUUGGCAUCCACGCUUCAAAGCAGAUGUGGACGCCGCAUCACGCUACGGGAAGGCAUUUUGCAGCGUCUUGCCAAGGUCGACUUGCAUGCUGGCGAACUUUGUCCUGAACCUGCUGAAGAUGUGAACGGAGAGCGUGGGAAUGCUCUGGCCUGA